AGAAAACUCCCUUUCCAGGGUCAAGGUCUCUGUCACGUCACUCUCCAGGCUGGACGCCCGCCAUAUAAAAGCAAAGUAAAACCUGGAGGAGGGAUUAAAGCAGCACAUCUGUGGAUCAAGUGGACUCACAACCAAGAAACUUGACAACUGGCAGUUACAGGAUUAACAUCCAAGUCUUGUAUGGACAGAUGGAGAUUAAAAUACUUCUGGUCGUUCUGAUGCAGCUCCUGGCAGUCUCUUCAGUGAAAGCCCAGACGACCGUGAAUACCUCAGUGGCUGUUUCGACAGCAACCAUGCCGACAGCACAGGCGACGGUGUCUGCGGUACCAAGCACCAUGGCGGUCACUUCUGCUGCGGCCAACGCCACCACGGCGGUCACUUCUGCUGCGGCCAACGCCACCACGGCCAGCUCUGCUGCGGCCCUCACAGGGGCCCUGUUCCCCAGCAGGACGGCCCUCUGCCACCUCAGCAUCGUGCUGUUGAAGCUCUUCGUUGUGGUGUAGCUGGAUGUGUUGCAUUGAACUGUUAAGAGGGGGAUAUUGCCAUAAUUACUUACAUUAACCACACAUUAUAACGAGAUGAUAACAAGGUGAUUUACGGCUGUUUUUUUGUUUUUUUUAUUUGUAUUUUCUUUGCAUUUAUU